CCACAAACAUUAUACAAUGUAUUAACAGGCAUCAGCAGUGAAGGGGGAGAUUUUGCAGCUUCAGAAACUACAGACUUACAAGAGAACACGAGGGACCUACAAGCACCAAAAGAGACUGUCGUCAGCAAUCUACAAAGCCAGGAAGUCCCAAAACGUGAACAGAAAAUGCCAGAUGACAGCGCUGUUGCCACGGACGGCCAAGCGAGUGUCAUCAGCAACAACGUGCAAGUCAAAAAGGCGGCCCCAGCCUUCGUGGCAUCCGCAGCGAGUCAGAUCGGCGAGAAGUUAGUGGACAAACUCGGCGACAGGAUAGCGGACGGCGUGGUGGAAAAUCACCAGGAGAAAGUGGUCAACUCCCUGCAGGACUACUUCGGCAAGCAGCUGGACAACUUCGACGACCAGUACAAGGAGGUUCUGGGGCAGACCAAUAACCUCGCUGCCGGCUUGAGCCGACCGGUGGAAGAGGCUGACGUUCGGGUUCUCCCAAUCAGCAGGGGUGACGACAUGGGGAACACGUUUGUCCCCGCAGGCUAUGAAAUCAGCCACAAAUAUCACUACGCAGAUGAAAAAGAUGACGAACAAGACAGUUCAGCAGCCACAGCUUCAGCCUUCAGCUACCCCGUAGGACUCGGUCCCGUCCUUAUGAACGGUUGUUUCGGGACCGGCUACGUCAACGGAGACCCGUGUUGGGAGGCCAAGAUCCCGAGGGAGAGUUGUCCCAACUUGAUAGACGGUGCGACGUUCCUGGGUGUGGGGUUCGACGGCAGAGGAGAGUACUCAGCUGACUCCAGGAAGAGGAGCAUCGUACAGCGGUCCUGCAACGGCCUGCAAACGUACGAAGAUCACGAGGUCCCUGACACUCUGACAGUUCAAGGCCUUUACGACACGGAUGUAGAGUCCAACACCUUUGCCUCCAUGGAGGGAUACCGGGAGUACCUGGAACAGAAGUCUGCUGUAACCUCAGCUAAGGCCAUGUUCCAGCAGGAGCUGAACAAGGCAGCAGGGUAUGGAGCGGGAGGAGGGAUCUUCGGGCUCGGGUACUCCGCAGGCGGGGGAGUUUCUAAUCAGAACGCUCGGAGUGACCAGUCGUCCAACUUCCGAGCGGGUUCUCAGGCGGAAGGCAGCCUGAGCGACAAGAAUACUCAGACGUACAUGGCGCUGUUGGAAAUGAACGUCUUCAGGUACGAGAUCUUCAUGGACGAUGUUGAGCCAGGCGACCUGAACCUGUCCUUCCUGCGGGACUUCCUGAAGCUUCCCGUGUCCUACUUCUCCAUCGGCGCUGACCAGGCUUUCCAAAACUUCAUUAUUCGCUACGGAACUCACUACAUCAAGUCGGCCAAGUUCGGAGGACAGCUUAAAAUCAUCAAGACAAAGGAAGCAAGCAAGGAGCUUUCCAUCCAAGCCUUCUCGGAGAGAGCUCAGACGGAGUGGAAGAAGGCGUUCAGCACCUUCUCUGCCGAGGCAAGUCAGACCAAGUCCAGCAGCUGGUGGCACGAGCACGAGACUAGGAAGGAGUCCCAGAAGGCCGAGGGCGAGGCUAGUGCUGGUUCCGAGGCAGCAGCCACACAGAGAGAAGCAGAGAAUUUGCAUUCAUUCGAGUUCAGCAACGAAGUGAUCGUGGUCCAGGGCGGGAACCAGCGCAUCGCCGCCGCCAUCACGGAGAUGUACACCACGUCACUGUCCACGGAGCUCAAAACAUGGCUGGACUCCAUCAAGGACUACCCGAAAGCCUUCUCCUUCAUCAUGAAGCCCAUCACGGCCGUCCUCGACAUCAACUUCGACUCGAUCUUUCCGAACGGUGCCGUGGACUUCGGCUGUUUGGGGAAGAGUGACCUGAAGGUUGAAAACGGAACAGGACGGAGUUAUUACGUCCAGGAGACGAAGAAGACCGUUGGAAACAUCACGCAGGACGUCUCCGAGGUUCGCUACUGUGACUUCAAACGUAGAGAGGACCUAACGGAGAAGGUGACCAAGAGGAGGUUAGCGCUGGGGCGCGCCAUCGCUGUUUAUCUUGAAGAAGGUCCUCUCCUGAGCACGGACUUCCUCCUCCCCGCCGGAGAGCCCGGAUGUGAGACCGCCACGCUAGCGUACCUGGACGACAGCCACAGCGGCUCGCCGACCUGGGCCGAGCUGGUCAGCGGGGCGGAGUCCACCGUCAUCUUCGACAUGCCGUACGACAUCUCCAGCAUCCUGCGGGUCAGGGAGACCCUCACGCUCAAGUUCCACGACAACAAAUGGUUCUCCAUCAGGACCGGCGGCGUGCCGCAUCUGUUCGACGGCUACAACAACGGUGGUAGCAACGAUGUCAAUGGGCACAAGGUUAGUGUCCAAGGCCUGGUGAUGACGUACAGUGAGGAAACAGGAGUUCUGACGGUGACCGAGAGCGACUUCGAGGCAUCCAAACAAGUCGUCCCAGAGCUCCCUGACUGGGUGAAAGGACAGGCUGUAGCCAGGGCAGAGUACAAGUCACUGCUCAAACACUUAAGCAACCAGCAAAGAGUGACGAGUGGAGACGCUCCUUGCAACAUCAAGUGGUCCAACGCUCAUCGCAUCGACCCAACAGGCAGAGGGAAGUGCAUUCACUUCACCUCAGCCUCAGAAGGCGACAUCUUCGUAGUGUUUGCAGGCAUCCCACGAAACUACGAGACGUGGCUCUACAUACAAAUCUCGCCAGAGGGCGUGGCUCUCUACAAGGCCAUGCGGUUAGAAACAACGCAGCUGAAGGAAGGCGCCAGCAGCCUGGGAUCCUCCAACCUGUACCAGUCGUACUUCGUCUGCGUCACAGAGGACACCGUUAACAAGGCCACAACUAUUCAGUACGGCAAGACUCCUGACAAUGAGGAACGGCCCCACAUCUGGCUAGACUUCCAGUUUAACAGCAUCCUGUCUCUGCAUUAUUACGCGUUUGGCAGCGGUAUGUACCCUGUCAAGGUCAUGGGCGUGUCCCUCCUGAACCAACAAGCUCAGGACUUCAUCAUCUGCCGAGAGGGCACGGAGAAGGACGAUGGGAGGUGUAAACAGCGCUGCCAUCCAGAAUGUGACGGCUGUAGGACGACUGGAUCAGCAAGAGACGAAUGGAGGCCAGUAGUGAAGGCGGCAGGGUGACCUGUGUGACGGACUGCCCGCUCACCCACUACCUUGAUGGAAGCGUCUGCAAAAAGUGCCAUAGCUUCUGCCAAGAUGUCAGCAACCAGGGUUCUAAUGUGUGUACGGGUCCCAACAGUAGCCAGUGCAGCACCUGCAAGUACACGGUGAAUGGGGUCUGCUCGGAAGGCUGCAACCCGGGCCAGAAGGCUGUCAAACAAAGUGAUGGUUCGUUCCGAUGUGACCAGUGUCAGUCUGGCUACAAGUGUGUGCGAGGUGACGAGGUGGAGGAGAUCUGUCCGGCAGGGACCUACAGUAAUCAGGACCGGACCGGCUGUGGGCAGUGUCCGGCUGGUCAGUACAGCAGCUCGGGGGCGGCCUCCUGUACGCAAUGUCCGGCCGGACAGUUCAGCGCACGCAGCGGGGCCAGCAGCUGUGAAAGCUGUUCCGCAGGGAUGACCAGCAAUACGGGCGCCAGCAGCUGUUAUGAGAUCAACGAGUGUGCGUCCAACCCUUGUCGCAACGGCGCACACUGUGAGAACCGCAUGAACAGCUACUAUUGCCAGUGCGCCGCAGGAUACGAAGGAACCAAUUGUGAAACAGAUAUCAACGACUGCUCCCCGAACCCCUGCCAACAUAACGGUGACUGUACUGACCGAGUGAACGGCUUCUCGUGCUCAUGUAAACCUGGCUACGCUGGUGAUACGUGCGAAACAGAUCUGGACUAUGAGAUACGUCUGGUGGGUGGCAGCUACGCGCACGAGGGGAGGGUUGAGAUCCGGUACCGAGACGGGAACUGGGGGACGGUCUGUGACGACCUUUGGGACGCGAACGAUGCGGCUGUGGCCUGUCGGCAGCUCGGCUACGGGCACGGAGCCCACGUGGCGCUUACCUCGCAGUUCGGACCAGGUUCGGGAGGCACGGACACUAUAUUUCUGGACGAUGUCGCCUGCUCCGGAUCGGAGUCCAACCUAGACCACUGCUCGCACAACGGACAUGGCGACCAUAACUGUGGACACAGCGAAGAUGUUGGCAUCAUUUGUUCAAUUUGUCGCUCAGGAUAUAAGCAACAUGGCGACCACUGCUACCAGAUAUCGGGUGCACAGUACGACUACACGUGGGACACUGCGAAGAUCAUCUGUGAUGACGGCGGCAUCCUCGCCAUGCCAAAGGACCAAGCCACCAACGACUUCCUCGUCAACAUGAUCAAGGAAACAUCCACCGAGAAGGGAACCUGGAUUGGCCUGAAUGACUUGCAAUCGGAGGGUACGUACAAAUGGGAGGAUGGCACGUCUCUCAGCUAUACCAACUGGGCACCAGGUGAACCCAACACAGGGCACGAACGAUGCGUCAUGUACUUCUCUGGAGCAACCGGUGAUGACCUGAAGUACAAGUGGAACGAUUCAACAUGCGAUACCAAGGGCAUGUUCAUCUGUCAACAGAAUAGGCAAUACUGA